AUGCCUUUACAGCAGCUGCAGCAGCUCCAGCAGCAACAGGAACUCAACUGUGUGCUCCUGUUGGUGCUGGUGGCGCUGCUGCUCCUGCUGGAGUUUCUGCUGCGGCGGCUGAGCACUGUCUAUACAGGAGAGACAGAGGAGAACUGUAGCCGCAGCCGCAGGGAGCAGCAGCAACAGCAGCAACAGCAGCAGCAGCAGCCCUCCCCCUAA